UUUUCCCUUUUCCCUUUUCCCGUGGGUCCCCCGUCCCCUUCGUCAUGGAACCGGGCCAAACACCCGUAAACCGUUGACACCCCUGCAUUGGGCAUCACACUGAUGAGCAUGUGUGGACAGAGCAAACCAGCCAAGGGGAGCAGGAGACAGAAGCUGGGGUGAAAACAAACCCUCCCCAUGGGCAGGCAGCAGGUGAGGUUCUGGUCUUGUUUACAAACUUCCAGGUAGUGCCCUUAGUACUCGAUGCUGCUGCUUUUUCAACCCUGCAGGUCUUCCUUAAAGUUGGAGUGAUUUGCACUGCUCACAUUGAUGAGCUAAUAUUUCCUUGCAGCAGUCGGAGUCAGGAGGAACCAGUGCACACCACUGAAAAGGAGCCCUCCAGAAGCUCCCGAACCACAUCAGACAGGUCAGUGUCCUUGCACCAACUAUUACUCAGAGAAACAGGCACAGAGAGGCAACCUGCAGCAGUCAGAGACAGAAAUAAGAGAUUACUGGAGUUAUUCUUGCAUGGUGAUUCUAGGAGUUUCACUUUGACCUGUGCCCUACUGAAAUGUCACCAGGUCCUCCAAGGAAAAAGGUUGAGAACAAAACAGUAUGGGAAGGUCUGCGACUGGUUUUGAGGUGCUCAGGUCACACAGUGCUGGGCUGGAGUAUUUGAUCCCUACCACUCCUGGGGCAUCAUUGCACCAGGCCGGCAUAAAACUAAAGGAAUUUUCUAUUCUCAGGGAAACAAUCAAUGCUCAGUAUUUGCCAGGGAAGCUUAUUUCAGGUAUGAGCACAGUCGAGCAAGAUGCAUCAUAGCAAAGAAGCUUUGUAUCAGCCAUUUCUUAGGAGAAAAUGAAGAAAAGCUGGUGGUCUGGGUGUAGUUCUGGCAGCAGCCCCUCAUCCAUCUGUCCUCUCACUGCCGCCUAGUGCAGAAAUGAGACUUGGCUGAAACCGUGGGCGAGCUAUGCCCUCUAGUGGGUCUGGCUCACUGGGAGCUUGAGGAAAUCCCAUCCAUGAUGUGCUCAGCUGAGGGACACAGCCCUGGGCUGCCUGGGACCAUCUCCACCAGCCAGUGCUUUGGGCAGGCAUUUCACUUAAGCCACUGCCUUUUAUCAAAGCUCUCUGGAAAAGCAUCUGCUUCAUCUCAGGCAGAUCCUCAGAUGGGGAAUGUAACUCCAAAAAUUAAAAUGAACAUUGAUGGUGUUCCCCAGGCCAAUAAGUAUCCUGAAUAUAUGGAUACAAGCAAGUUCUGUUGGAGCCAUCAGGCUUCUGUUUGUAAUGGGAAACAUCCUGCAGCAUUCUCAGCUAAACGUAUCAAUGCCCCCAGCACCUCAAUCUUUCCCAAGCCCUGAAAAACUUUUCUACCCCUCUGCUGUGCCACUGUAACCAUUCACAUAAAGCCCUGAAAAAAGAGGACAAUGCCAUAAGAGAGCUCGUUUCCCACCUGCUGUGGGCAAGGGACUGGAGCACCUAAGCCAUUUCUAUGCUGAGGAAUUUACACCAAUCUCAGAUGGUUUGGGAUUUCUCAGGGUUGUUAGGAAUCUUCCUCAAAGGCUUCCUGGAUCCUUUAUAGCUUGGAUACAGCUUGUGGGAAGGGACCUGGGUAGGAAAGGCUUCCCUGCCCUCUGGCAAAGCAGUGUUGUUCAGAGUGGGUGUGUACAAGAACAUAUGUGAGCAAGUUUAGGGGGGACACAUUCCCCAAAAAAGGGAAAUCCACUAUCAUUUGGCUCACAGACCAACACUACUCAUGCAGGCUUAUAAAACUGAUUCAAACAAGUGGGGGAAUUGCUCCCAUAUGACAUCUGUGCAGCCUUGGCUGUCUGUAAAUGGUAUUUCAGCACUGAAAUGGGAAAUAACUGAGCCCCAGCAGUCAGGCCUUGAAGAUCACAAGACACACUCUUCAUUGCACAACAGAGAUAAGUGUUUUUAAUCUGGCUUUUAGCAUCAUAGAUUCCUAUAAUCAUUUGAGUUGCAAGGGACCCUUACAGAUCAUCUAGUCCAACUCCUCUGCAAUGAACAGGGACACUUACAGCUCCAUCAGGUGCUCAGAGCCUUGUCCAGCCCUGUCUGCAGGGACAGGGCAUCCAUCACUUCUCGGGCAGUCUGUGCCAGUGCUUCAAUACCCUCACUGUAAAAAGCUUUUUCCUUAUAUCCAAUCUAAAUUUAUCCUCUUUUAGUUUGAAAACAUUUUCCCUUGUCCUUUCCUUUUAGGACUCUGCUUUUCACCCUGCUCCCUGUAACCAUUAGGAAUAGGCUUUGUUGCACUCCUGGAAAGUUUUAGGAGCUGCUGCUUGAAGGAAAGGCAUUAAAUAUCAUGAGGCUAGUGCUAGAAAUACAACAGCUGUCUUCAUUUAGAUUGUUAAUGAUCUGUAGAUCUCCCUGUUCUUACCCCAGACGCGUUAUCCCAAUACAUUAGCACAUUGCGCUUCUUCUCCAUUAAGAUGCAAGCAUUUGAACAAGGGCUUCCUGCAAAGCACCCAGCCCAGCCACCUCUGGCAACUAGCUAUUAGUUUAAAAGGCAGGAGAAGACCAAGUGCUCAGAUUUUUUGCUCACUUUGUCUGCUCCUUGCUGGCUUGUCUGCUGAAGUGCUUUGCGGGAGAAGUGGGCAUGCUGCUUCCCACCAGCUCCUGCAAAACAGCUCAAUUUGGCAGUCCCAGGUCUGAUUUAUCAGAACCCACAUCCUGGCACGAGUCCAAAGGAAGCCUAACCCACAUCAGCAGAAACUGCUGUGCCAUAACACCCUGCUCCCCAGCACACCGCUGCUCCAGCCUGCCCUGUACCCAGCCCUCAAUCUCUGCUGGGGGAUGCCACGGAACAGCCACAGAGCCGAGGGACAGUGCAGAGGGCAGGGUUUAUGUCCUAGCCUCGCCCCACCAGCAGGAGGGUUUAAGGUUCACUGGUUUCUGCUCACCUCUCAACUUUGGCACCAAUCUCCGGGAGCCGCCAGGCACGCCUGACUGAGUUUCACUUUUCUUUUCUUGCGGCGAGGAGGCAGCCCAGGAGGUCCGACGAGGCCAUUCUCAUUUGUCGAGGCUGUUCCCAUCCUCUGCAACUCCUGUGUAGGAAGAGACCAAGGCUGCAUACAGGACAUGGCACAAACAGCAGUGCCAGGCAGCUCUCUGGGGGAUAACUGCCCCACCUACAUCUACAAGGUGGUCCUGCUUGGGAGCACGUCAGUGGGAAAGUCAAGCCUUGCCUACCGAUAUGUGAAAAAUGACUUCAAAGAGUCACUGCCUACCGUAGGAUGCUCCUUCUUCACACAGACAAUCCAACUGGAGACAGCCACCAUCAAGCUGGAGAUCUGGGACACGGCUGGCCAGGAGAAGUACCACAGUGUCUGCCACCUCUACUACCGUGGUGCCCACGCUGCGCUCCUUGUUUACGACCUCACUAACAAGGAAACACUUAACAGAGCGAAGCAGUGGCUGAUGGAACUGGAGAAGGAGUUCCUUCCUGAUGAAAUUGUCAUCGCUUUGGUGGGCAACAAGACAGACCUGUCUGAUGAACGGGAGGUUGCAGCUGAGGAGGGGGAAGAGUUUGCAAGGAGCAGAAGCCUGCUCUUCAUGGAGACGUCUGCAAAAUCCAACCACCAAGUAAAUGACGUCUUUAUGGCCAUAGCCCGAGAGCUCCUGUGGCGCGAAGGCGAGAAGGCAGCUGUCCCAUCCACGAGUGGUGGGCAGCGCUUGGACCUGCCGGCGAGCAGGGCGAAGAUGGGGUGCUGCCGUGUCUGAGGUGCCACGGGCUCCUCAUGGGACCUGGGACUGGACCUUGCACUGUUAGCAUUGGUGACCAAAGGGUGACAACACAGAGGAUGGCUCACAGCCAGCACGGAGCAAUGACCCUUCUGCCCACCUUCUGCAAGUGAGUGCACACAGUGCAUGCAGACCCUCAACAGGGUCGCAUGAUGGUGUUCUCCAAGAGGUGAGUGGGGAUGUCCUCUGCCAAGAAGCAGACCAGCUGGGGACAUCCCCUGCCCCAGCCAAGCAUCAGCUCCCCCAGACUUGAGAGAGUUUGGCUUGUGGAGCACAUCCCAACAACUUCAAGACUUGACUGCCAAUAAAGAGCAGCUCAUCUUACCCACA